CCUGGAGAUCGGCACCGUGGAGACUCGCGCCGGCCAACACGGCCCGGGAGGCAGCCUUGGCCUACUCGGAGAUUCGCGCGUCGCCAACAACAUUCGCGGCUUCUUCGCCACCCGGAUAGGAAGCGCCCUUCCAGACACAGGUUAACCCGAUGGCACUGCGCUCCCCCGUCCCCCUCUAAGUAACCACGUCGCGCAAUCCACUAUCCGCUUGCUGGUCUCUGGCCGCCAUGACGACCAUCCCGAUCCUAAACAUGGAGUGGGGUGAGCUGAAGGAAGUGAUGUGGACCAAAGUGCAAGAACCGCGCACCCAACGCAAACUCAUCCUCGUGAUCGUUUCCAUCGCCCUCCUCCUGGACAACAUGCUGUACAUGGUGAUCGUGCCCAUCAUCCCCGACUAUCUGCGAUACAUCGGUGCCUACAACGACGAAGUGACCGUUCCGGGAAACGCCACGCUUCCACCAGGUACUCCCUACAAGCACGACCAUCACGGCCAGGACUCGGCUACCGGCAUCCUAUUCGCAUCCAAGGCCAUAGUCCAGCUGAUGGUCAAUCCUUUCUCGGGAGCUCUAAUCGACCGCAUCGGCUACGACAUCCCAAUGAUGAUCGGACUCACGAUAAUGUUUCUGUCGACGGCAGUGUUCGCCUGUGGCCGCAGCUACGGCCUCCUCUUCUUCGCCCGAAGCCUCCAAGGGGUCGGCUCGGCCUUCGCCGACACCUCGGGGCUGGCCAUGAUCGCCGACCGCUUCACGGAGGAAAACGAACGCUCGAAAGCCCUCGGCAUAGCCCUAGCUUUCAUCAGUUUCGGGUGUCUGGUGGCGCCGCCUUUCGGAGGAGCCUUGUACCAAUUCGCCGGAAAGGAAGUACCGUUCCUGAUCCUAGCCUUCGUUUCACUCAUGGACGGCUUUAUGCUGCUCCUGGUCAUGAAGCCUUUGAAAACCCAACUCAAGGAGGCAGGUCUCGCCAAGCCGCCUUCCGUGCCCAUCUGGCGCCUGUUCAUGGACCCGUACAUCGCGGUCUGUUCCGGGGCGCUGAUGAUGUCGAACGUGGCGUUGGCCUUCCUGGAACCCACGAUCUCCUUGUGGAUGGAAGACAACCUCACCACCGACAACUGGAAGAUCGGGAUGAUUUGGCUGCCCGCGUUCUUCCCGCACGUCUUUGGCGUCAUCUUCACGGUCAAGAUGGCCAAGAAGUACCCGCAGUACCAGUGGCUGAUGGCGGCAGGGGGUCUCGCUUUGGAAGGCUUGUGCUGCUUCAUUAUCCCCUUCGCCAGCUCGUACAAAGUCCUCAUGAUCCCGAUCUGCGGCAUUUGCUUCGGAGUCGCUUUAAUAGACACCGCUCUCCUUCCCACCCUGGGCUACCUGGUGGACGUCAGAUAUGUUUCCAUUUACGGAAGCAUUUACGCAAUCGCAGACAUAUCGUAUUCCGUUGCUUACGCCAUUGGACCUAUCAUCGCUGGAGGAGUGGUCGAAGCGAUCGGUUUCACGGCGCUUAACGUAGGUAUCGCCUUUUCCAACUUGCUGUACGCGCCGGUACUCAUGUACCUCAAACAUAUCUACGACUUCAAACCAUUCGAGAACGAAGCCAACAUCCUCAUGUCGGAUCCUCCGAACAAGGAGUACCAAACGUACUCCAUGCAGGAGCAAAAACCGAUCUCGGAUGACAUUCAAAACCAUCUCGAGUAUAAACAACAGGAGACUAACUUCGAUUCAAACGGGACGUACCAGCAAGGGUACGACCAGUACCAAGGCUACCAGCAGAGUUACCAAGAAGUACCGGCUUACCAGCAACCUAGACCGCCCCAACAAGCCGAGCAACCUUCGAACCCGUUUAGACCAGCCGAAACAGGACGAAAUCCCUUCAGGCAGGGUUUCUAAGCUCUAUGUGUAUAUUGUAUAUUCGUGUAAGUGUCCCUGGGUGUUAAUUAUAUGUACAUAUCACACCGGAUGUUCCUGAAACUUGUACAUAUCGGCUGAAAUUCAUAAGCACACUGUUUAACCCCACUAGACUUAGUCUAAGCGAUUUUUCUAGGGGAUUGAGUUGUUGUUGCGUUUUGGUAGGUUUUGGUAGAGCUAGGGUUUGAGUUGAGUUCAGAUUUCGUUGUCAAGUUUUUACUUAUAUCAACUAAGAUCACAUACAUAUCAGAAUCGAAUGAUUCGCUUGUUAUAUCGUGAUAGGUCGAAAUUCUGGCCACUUAAUUAUAGCGUAGGCUAGUUUUAAAUUAAGUCACUGAUAAGUAGCCCGCAUCACACCCCCGUCUCCUCCAUUUAUAUAUAUAUUAUUCAAGUUGGAUUUUAUUGGUAUAGCUCUCGACUCGAUAGUGUCAAUUCCCUUGUGUAUAGUAUUUGUGCAAAAUGAUCAAAGUGUUAUUUUGCCGUUAGUAUAAAUACGUUCGGGAACCAGAAAAUUUGCUCAGCUAUGUAGAUACUCAAAAUAUAUGUAUAUUUACCCCAAAAUCUUUAUCUAACCCUGUUUUAACGGCAACUAUGGCUGCGACAAGUUAAAUAUAAUCGACUGUGAUGGGCACGUCCCGUGCCCUUAACAAUUAAAUUGGAACUUAACAAUGAGAACUAAUAAUAAAAUCCAAUAAACUAUAAUGUAUGUUUAUAAAAUAAUUAGUACUUGGUUUAAACUGGAACUUUCUAAAACAUGCUUGUAGUUGUCGUAUCUAAGUAUAUAAAACUAUAGGAAAGCAAUAAAAAAAUAGUUGAAGCCUUUCAGUUGACCAAAUAGCGCGAAUUUACUUACCUACAUCGAAACAUUAUUAAAUGUGUAUCUCUGUAAAGGUGCCUGUGACUAUAUUUACUAAAGUAGUACUUUGAGCUUGUUUUGUGAAAAAUGAUCGUUCAAGUCGCGUAACGCACUUGAACGGAUUUUGGAUUAGUUACCGACUGCAGCUUCUUCCAUAUCCCUCUAGAGUCAGCGAGGGUCAUAGAUAAUGGAUUCUCUCAUUGACUUGGCUUUAAAUAUAAUCUUAGACUUUUGAAUAUUUUGACAUUUUAUCUGAUUGUUUUGUAAAGUACUGAUAGUUUAAAAUGUUGAUCGGAAAGGAUGCAUGUGACUAGUAGAAUCUAGCUCUAGUACUAAUAGUAGCUGUAUUGUUUCAAUGUAAAGUAUAAUUUCAGAAAACUGUAUAAGGGUGCUGUUUUACUGUUGUCGUGAGCACUACAGGCUCUAACUGAUUCUAAAACCAGAUGAUUUUAUUUUGAGGAAAGUCUAGUACUAGUAUUUAGUAAAUUUGUUAUUUCUAGAACCAGUUGCAGCCUUAUAUUUAUUCCAAGGAGCAAUCACAUGUACUGACCGUUUAUCGAUAUCUGAAUGGGUCUAUUAAACUAAUUGUUAUUGAA